AUUUCAUAGACACAAAGUGUUUUGCACAUAGUUAUUCCGCGCGCUAUAUAAUGUUAUUUAAACAAUUUAUAAAAUGGCUACGAGUGUUAAACCAAACUAAAAAAAAAAGAAAAAAAGACAGACUAACUUUUCCCUGAAAAUUUCCUAAUUCUCGCGCCGAUGCUAUCGUUAUCAUAUAUUAUUAACAAAACUACGUAUUUUGUGAGAUCUAGAUUUCGCGGCAUCAAUGUCCUAUCAGGAAAUGAUGGGAAUUAAAAAAUCUCAUCAUGCAUUGUUAAUGUCCUUUUUGUCUUGGUAGCUGGGUUAUUAAAUUUUCACUUCAUSUGUUGCCGAAUUCUACAAAAAUUCUUAAAAAACGCCUYUAUUCAAGUCGGCUCCUACAGAUUUGCUUUUCUUUGAUAAAGCCGUUUGUAGGUUGGAUUCCACCAACGGACUUGAUUCCAUCAAUCAACGUUAAUAAAAAUCGCAAUURGCUUUCUUUGUCGUAAAGGCUGCUGUAUGGAGACUGAAAUUUUGCCCAUUCUUAUUGUGGCGAGUCCCUGCUUGGGUAUCCCCUGCUAUGGGCAUAUGAACUAUUAUAUACUUCGAUAGUGCUGUUAUCAGAUGAGAAGGUUUUCAAACAAGACCGACGUCGUAGCGAAUUUCCAAGUUGUGUACAAGCGACUUGAAGUUUGGGCAACCUUUGGUCUGACUCGCUGAAGAAGUCGACAUGAACAACAACAGCAACACCUCCAUGCACGCUUAUUGUGCGUCUUCAAGUUGUCUCUUUUCCACUGCCAGUCAAUAUAUAAUUAUUUCUAUUCUAUUUCUUCUCUUCAUCGCGUCCUUGGUCGGCAAUGUCCUUAUCUUGGUGCUUUUGUACAAAGAUCGCCAGCUCAGGGCACGUUCCAGUCCUUCACACAUAAGYUUGGCCAUUGCCGAUCUUCUCGCAACGAUWUUCUGGCUACCAUUUCUUGUGUCAGAUCUUUACAUUGCGGAAAAGUGGGUAUUUGGAUAUGCAUCUUGCAAAGUUGUCUCAUUUUUUCAGACGAUUGCAAUUCCAUCGUCGACACUCAAUCUGUGCAUUGUGACGUCUGAAUGCUUUGCUGCAGUUUGGUUUCCGAUCUUCUUGAAAGUUCUCCCAAGAAAGAGAACGAUAUUGAUAACCUCAUGUGCKGUGGUGUGGUUUGUGGCCUUUGUGGGCAGUCUCUUUUAYGUCCCAUUCAAGAAUAUAAAAACCUACGACGGCGUUGAUUACUGCGUGGAAACAUUUCCAGAUGAAACAACGAAGAAUAUCUAUAUCUAUACCAAUUCAAGCCUAUUUGGGUUUGGACCAUUGAUUGUCAUAACUGUGCUUAACAUCCUCUGCAUAUACAGACUUUGUCAAACUAACAGUCUGGUAUCAAGCAGACGACACUCACUAAGCGGUACCUAUACACGAUCUGCAAUAAAGAAAAUUAUUACAAUUUCGCUGAUAUUUGUCAUAUGCCGAGGUCCUCUUCAUAUUCUCGAGCUCGCCAUGAUGUCGGACGAUGUSCAAUAUCACCUGGCGUACAAGAGACCAAAAGUCAGCAUUAGCCUUUUUACUUCAUGUAUWGGAUUAUACUUUUUCAGYGCGGCUACKCAUCCGGUAUURUUUGGUCUUAUGUCUGUAUACUACAGGGAGGCAUUYAUCAGGAAUUGUCCUUGUUAYACCAUUCCAAGGCGAMGAAGAACAAGCUCCACWAAAACAGCUCAAACAUCAAAGGUUCUGGAAACGAUGCUUUGACAGCGCUGGCGAAAGAAGCGUUGGAUUUUUCACUACAUGGGGCGUUAAUGAAAAAAAUUUGCUUUCUAAUAAUCCCCCAAGAAAGAUGAUUGAAAGAUUAAAAAAAAUAAUUUUCAUUGCAAGGUAGUUCAAGAUGUGUUAUGCUCCGAACUAAUGAAAGUUACAUUAUAUUAAAGAACCGAUUUACGACCUAAUAAGAAUAAUCCACAAGAUUGAGUGUUAAACAAAAACUCCAAAACUAACCUUACUGGACGAAUACUGACACAGUUUAAUUAUCUCAAAGACGAUUGACUCUAGAGUCAAACAAGAACAUUUCCUUUCAUUUGAGUCAAGUUUUCUCUGGACUCCUCAGACAUAAUACUUACUUAAUUAAUAAUUACUCAUAUUCAAUUGGCGCGCGCGGCUAUGCGAAGAUAUAAGAAUAUAUCUCCGAGUGUUAAACUAUCAAAAAAAGAAAAAAAUACUGGCAUUUCAUGUAUAAUAAUAUGAUAUAUACCAUCGUAUGAACUGUAACAGUCUCAAGAAAUGUUAUUGACUCCGUAAAUAAUUUCCAAAMAUUUAAAAAUAUUUUARRMAGCAUCAUAUAAGAGGAAAUGCRCUUGUCUAAYGACGCUCAAGCUAGAAAGUCACCGCUGUUUAUUAAUAAUUCAGUUGAAAAAUAUAUGUUGAGACUAAUACAAAUUGAUUGUGUCAACAURGAAUUUUUCAAUUAAAUAUUUAGGUUCUCAGAAAAAAAAAAUUAGGAGAGAUACACAAGAUCAAAGUUUUCUUUCAAAACUGAAGCUUUGAGAAUUAUAUUAAGGGUAAUGGAAAUGUUUUAGAUUAAGUUAAAAGGCUUUUUUAUGUUUUGAAUUACAAACUAAUUACAGCCGAAACCAUUUCUUCACAAAAAAGGAUAGAGUGCACGUCACAGGCAUAAACAAAGACACGUUUCCUUUCUGACAUUGUGUUCAUGCCCCAGUGAAUUAUUAGUUAGCUGAUAACUAAAUCUUAUUAGGCGCUAAUUAGUUAAGAAUUGUUUCAUGCUUAUGUGACGUGCACUCUAUCAGGCAGUUUGACGCACUUAUCAUCCAUUCGUUGCAUAUAUCUAAUUAUCUUGAUUGUUGAUCAAACUGUUAAUUAAAUUGAUAAUUGUUUUUAAAUCGUAGAUGAUAAAGCUUAUGAGACAGAAUGCUUAUUGUUUUUUGCCCAUAAACACAAAGAUUAAUAUAGCACCUGCCACUCYAUAGGGCAAAAAUCUUCGCAUGAAAGCCAUCACACGAAAUAGCAAGUUUUAUCCUCCAGGAAUGAUUUUUACAUAAGCCUUGAAAUCAAGAAAUUCGUAUGCGCAUAAAUGAUUGCAAAAACGUUGUCACAGAAAAAAAUAACAAACUAAAAUAACUCAGGCUGGGCACCUUAUUUUGCUUCUUCAAUGAACCUUUAAUUACUAAUUAAAAAUAGUAUAUUUCUCAAUGCCAACUUAUCUUUGCAAUCAGAUACAACUGAAAUCUUCACACAUUGCUUSAAAAGAACGCCUUGUGACUUCCAAGUUUUCUAUUGGAUAAGUGAACUUCGAUUUAACGCUUGAUUGUCGCGUGCGACUUGUAGUAUACGAUCAAGAAAGCUUAAAAUUGCUCCUUAUAAAUGCCCCUAAGACUUGCCCACAACAGUCGUACGCAACCUACGACUUGAAUUAAGAUUUUUAACCAUUGGCUUAAAAUCCUUCGACUUGUCGUAGGAAAAUCGUAUGUCGCAUGCGAUAAUCGGACCGUGUAAGUCGGACCUUAAGUAACGGGCGCAUAGUGCACUUAAAUGCACAAAUAAAUAUACUCUCUCUAUAUAUAUCUUAAGCUAUGAUUUGAAUAAGAUUAAGCAAGAAAUAAAAGAUAAAAUUC